UGGGUCAAUAAGAUGGGGAUUUUUGCUUCUAAAAUUAUACCGGUUUUUAUUUAUCUAUUGAACCGCCCAUUACUAAAUGCCAUGAUCGAUUAAUUUGUUCCUUACUGUAAAAUUAUCACGCCCACCCUACGCUUAUCAUCCCUACCGAAAUGUUAAGCGCCAGGCACGGUCUGGUGGUGAUGCACACGGGGAAAAACCGCGGGAAAAACGAUCUUAACGAUCCAUCGCCCAAUCGGCGUCAUCAUCGUUGGCGAUACUCAUUCAGACAAUGGGGCAGCGUGUCGCUUGAGACGUACAAACACAGACACACACACACACUCAGACCGUCCCUCGCCACACGUGAGUGACAGUGAACUUGACGAUUUUUCAUUUUUCAUCCACCGCGCAGGGAUGGGCGAUUUUGGGAAGGGGUGGGUGGCCUGCGGGAAUGGUCAGCGAGUUCCGUGUCCUUCACUCCCCGAAAAAUCGGUUAAAGAAGCGAUUGACCACCACACUGGCGCUCGGUAGUAGACGCUGUCAAGGGGGUUUGCUACUCGUGGCCAUGUCCGUACGGAUGGUAUGAAUGUAUUGUGUGAUUGGUAGUAGCACAACCGUACCGAUCCCGGUUGUGUGGUGUCGGAAAAUUCAAACCGUUUUUCCGCCCUUUCAGUCGGGUCGCGAAUGACAUUUCGGGCUGCUGCUGUUGCUGCUGCUGGUGGUGACAGUUCGUGCUCGCGAAUCGAGCAACCUCCCGGGAGCCGUGCCGUGUUCUGUGUGUGCAGUGCAGCUAGGGUCGAAUAUUCUUGAUCGCCAAAUUGAAACGGUAGACGAUAGAGAAAGAGUCUUGCUACCCAUCCAAUGCAGAAGCAGACGCAGCAUGAAAUCGAACGAAACAUUGUGAUCACAGUGCCUGAAGGUAAUGGUGCAGUGGGGGUGGGAUUGUGUGCCAACAAAAGGAAAAGGAAAUUUUCCUUAUCUUACAUAUGCUCAAGCAUUCAAGUGAUUUAUACCUACCCGUUGCGGGUCAAUAGCAUCGAGUGAAAAAACCGCAACCGCACGAUCCCGUUCACCCACCGCACCUUUUUUCGUGAACGUGAACUUGAUCUUGAUGGGCACAAUAGCAGCCAGCACCGGUGGUUUCUCGUGCGCUCGGAACAAACGUUCAAAUGUGAAGGUCGUUACGAUUUUGUGAGAAAUUUGAAGUACAGCAUAGAAAGAUUGCGACCAGUUUCAAGAACGCGGCGUGAUGUCCCCCUUUUCCAUUCCCCAUCCAUCGCUUGCUCGAUCAUCCACACCACACCGGGACACACCGUUGUAUGUUUGCGACGCAAAGCAGGAAAAGAGUAUGUCGCUGUAAAAAUAAACCAUCACCGGUCUACGGUGGCCAAAAAAACACAAUAACGGUUCGGGACGGAUUGUGAGCACACAUCAGAGUUUUCCACUGCACACCCCGCGAACACCAAUCGUCGCUCCCGAUCGUAGUACAACCAGAUGGUCGGUCAAUUGACCAUUGGUCUACCGAGCGGACCGGUGUCGUUGUAGGACGAGCGAAGGCUUACCGGGCUUAGGUUGAUUUCAUUGUUCUGACCACCCUGUGCAAUGGUGAUGGUUCGAUCCGGAGAACGACAGCCUGUGCCAAGUGUAGCCAGAAAGCGAAAGCGGUCCGUCGUUCGUGGACGAUCGUGAUUGUAGCAAUUCCGCUGCCAAGCGGGAGAACAGAUCGUCGAUAAUGACGACAUUGAAUGGUGUUGGUGAUGGUAUUUAACGUGCUAGAUUGAGUUGUUUGGGUGGUGGUUUGUUUGGUUUUUCAGUUUUGGCAGCAACGAUUCUAUCAACUUAACGCACCACACGUUACGCCCUGCAGCUGGCGACAUUAAUUGGCAAGUGUCUUGCCUGCUAGCGUCGCAACGGUGCAUCAUCGAUGACGUCAAACGUAUCCUUUCGAGCUGUAAUAAUACGUGAACUUUUGGUCCCCCGAGGGCAUAGAGUGGUGGUGAAUGUAUAAAGUGGUUAAAAAGCGAAUCAUUUUGCAACUAUAUAGAAAAACUCUGACCCGUUAGUGUGAAAGUGUUCCUCUCAGUAAGGAUAUUACCCAUUUUUCUCUUCCAACGCACUACUAGCCAACCUUUCCCCUUCAUACUGAAGACGGAUAGUAUUAUAUGUAUGGUCGCUAUACGAAGGACUUAGGAGAAUACGCCAAAGAUGAAGCGCGAAGACUCAGGCUUCUUGAACGACGAAGAAAAAAAGAUGAUAAAGCAAGAAACAAGAUGGAAAUCGUUGCAGGAACUGUUGGACGUGCGAGACAACAAGUUCUUCAAGGCCGCUUCUUGGCUGUGGCGCAACACAUUCGCCCGGCUGGGUGAGGACUGGGUGUUCCUGGCACUGUUGGGCAUUAUCAUGGCGAUGCUAUCCUACGUGAUGGAUAAGGGCAUCUCGAUGUGCACGAACUCGCGCGUCUGGUUGUACCGCGAUCUCACCAACCAUCCGGUAGCGCAGUAUCUUGCCUGGGUUUCGCUCCCCGUCUGUCUGAUCCUGUUUUCGGCCGGCUUUGUACAUCUGGUCGCACCGCAGAGUAUCGGUUCGGGCAUCCCGGAGAUGAAAACCAUUCUGCGUGGUGUGGCGCUCAAGGAGUACCUCACCUUCAAGACGCUGGUCGCGAAGGUGAUCGGUCUGACGGCGACACUCGGCAGCGGGAUGCCGCUCGGCAAGGAGGGUCCGUUUGUACAUAUAGCUAGUAUAGUAUCGCAGCUGCUAAGUAAGAUCAUCACAUCAUUCCAAUCGAUCUACGAGAACGAAUCGCGCAACACGGAAAUGUUGGCGGCGGCGUGCGCGGUCGGUGUUGGAGCCUGUUUUGCGGCCCCGAUCGGCGGUGUACUGUUCAGCAUCGAGGUAACGACGACGUACUUUGCGGUGCGCAACUACUGGCGAGGAUUUUUUGCUGCCGUCUGCGGUGCUACCGUCUUUCGAUUGCUGGCCGUUUGGUUCCAGAAGGCGGACACCGUGACAGCCAUGUUUUCGACCAACUUCACGUCGGAUUUUCCCUUCGAUCCGCAGGAACUGUUUGUGUUUGCGUUGAUUGGUCUCGUAUGUGGGCUGGGUGGUGCCCUGUACGUGUGGGUGCAUCGAAAGUACGUCCUGUUUAUGCGCUCGAACAAAAAGAUGAACAAGUUUCUACAAAAAAAUCGCUUUUUGUAUCCCGGAAUUGUGGCACUGAUUGUGGCCACGCUUUCAUUUCCGCUAGGCUUCGGUAAGUACAUUGCCGGCGAGCUGAGCACUCACGAUCAGGUCCACCAGCUGUUCUCAAACUUUACCUGGACCAAACACGAUCUCACUGUCGAACAAGCUGCAGUCGUAUCGAACUGGCGCACGCCAGAGACGAACGUGUUUGCUAACCUCAUUAUUUAUUUGCUGUACACGUUCUUCCUGUCGAUCAUUGCCUCAACCAUUCCCGUGCCAUCCGGUAUGUUCAUACCAGUGUUCAAAAUUGGCGCCGCCUUCGGUCGAAUAGUCGGUGAAGCGAUGCACCUUUGGUUCCCGCACGGUGUCCGCUACGGAGGCAUGCUGGCACCGAUCAUUCCCGGCGGCUAUUCGGUCGUUGGGGCGGCCGCUUUCUCCGGUGCCGUCACACACACCGUGUCCGUCGGUGUGAUCGUGUUCGAGAUGACGGGUCAAAUAACGCACAUCGUGCCGGUCAUGAUAGCUGCCCUCAUAUCGAACGCCGUAGCAGCACUACUUCAACCGUCCAUGUACGAUAGCAUUAUUCUCAUCAAAAAGUUACCCUACUUGCCGGAUCUGCUGCCAUCCGGCUCGGGCAUGUACAAUAUCUACGUCGAGGACUUUAUGGUGCGCGACGUGCGCUACAUCUGGAAGGGAAUCUCGUACCAGCAGCUCAAGGAAAUCCUGAAAGCGAACAAAGGCCUGCGCAGCUUACCGAUCGUCGACAGCCCGGACAAUAAGGUGCUGCUCGGUAGCGUGCAGCGUUACGAACUGAUCAAAAUGAUCGACAAGCAUAUUGGGCGCGAAAAACGGCUCGAAGUGGCAGCGAAGCUGAUGAAGGAAGCGGAGGAGAAGGCACGGGAGGAACAGGAGCGUCAGAAGCGGGAAGCGGCAGAAGCGCUGAAAACUCGCCGGCCAUCUCGAUUCGAAGUCGUUCCAGCGCCGGACAUUUUGAAGCUGCGGGAGCGUGCCAACAAUGAGAUGUUGCCACCGCAAGCACGCCGAGAAUCGAACGCAUCAGUUACCGGUGGACCGGUAUUCGGUGGUACGCAACCGAAAAAAUCGAUCCUCAAGAAAACGAACUCGUUUACGCUGAAGGGCUUCAGUCCGCUGUCUCCACACAGUCCCGUGCACACACCGUACACAACGAUCACUGGUACGGAGAGUCGUAUCCGGUCAGCGUUCGAUAUCAUCUUCCGGAAGUCGGCUACGCUGCAGGAUGUCACGCCCGAUCCUGAGAUUGGUUCGAUCGGAACGCCAAGCAUUGUGGGAUCGGAGGUCGCUCCACUAACGCCGGGUAUCUCGAAGAAGGUGCAACUGCCCCGGGAGCGCGUUAUCGACAUGUCGCCCGAGGAUCAGAAAGCUUGGGAGAUGGAAGAGAUGGCGAAGCCGAUCGAUGUUGAUCAUCUGCACAUCGAUCCGGCCCCAUUCCAGCUGGUCGAACGUACAUCCAUCCUGAAGGUGCACUCGCUGUUCUCAAUGGUUGGCAUUAAUCACGCAUACGUCACCAACGUUGGUCGGCUGGUUGGUGUGGUGGCUCUCAAAGAGCUACGAACGGCGAUCGAGAGCGUAAACAAUGGCACAUUAACGCCAGAAUCGGUUAAAGCGAAACAGGAAGAGGAAGCUCGAGUACUUGCUCAAAAAGAAUCCGACAACAACAACGGCAUUUCGGCGGAAGAUCCUCUCCUCCCGAAGAGACCCGGUGAUACGUUUAGCGACAAAAAAGUAAAUAACACAAUCACCUCGAUGGAUUCGGCACUGUCCAACUCGGACAACUGUUCGGACAUCGAGCUAGACAUUAUGCACAUUGAUCACGGUGAUACUUCGACCACUAAUGGUACCACCAAACACACCAACAACAGCAACCAUUCCAGCCAACAGCAGUAGUGGUUGAUGAGGAUGUGGCUAAAGAUGUACAUGUAGAUCGAGAUUCGAGAGAAAAAACAGAACUCAUCACCGAACAAUGGGACACAAUCUAUAGAGGGACUCAACAACAUUUUCUGUACAAUCUCAAAGCACCAAAAUGAAAGACACUACGAUCACAACACAUAUACAAAUAUCCACGGCACUACUACAAAGUUAAAAUGCUAAAACAACAUCCCAACAUCAAGAUCAAACACCCUAGGCAUCAUAAGAACACCCUGCGAGCCUAAGGUUUGUGAGCAAAGCCACUUGCCCAGUUAUGGAUGUAUCGCGUGUUGUAUGUCCUUUGUGCGUUUCAUUUGCACUAAACAACCUCACUAGGUAGAAUGUAUUUUCUCAGCAUGAUGCUACUAAAGAUCAGCAUUUGAUAAUGUGCUUUCAAAUCAAUUGAUUGAUAGCUGAGAUUCACUAUAAGAAAAAGGUUCGUUAUUUUUAAAAUAAUAUAUUGCUCGCUUGAUUACCCGCUUUGGAAUACCAAUCCUUCGGUUUUCUCCCCAUUUUUUAUUAACUUGUUAACAAUGCGCAUGAACUAUUUAAGUUUUGUGACACUUUUGAUUCUGAACGUAGUUAUCCUUUUGCUUGUACAGUUUCGCCUUGACAUGUUGAGCUUUGUUGCGCUACCCAUAGCUAACAUAAUGUUUCUUUCUCCUUCCAUCAGAAUCGAAGCUAAUGAGGAACGAUCCUUCCAAAGCCUGGUAUCAAAACGGAAAUGGUCCAAAAUCAAACCAUCUCACCGACCAUGGGAAUGUUGCCGAAGAAGCGCGCCAAGAUUUCUUUCAAUGUGAUCAUACUUUAAGUGAUAGUGAUGUUUAUUUUUUUUCGAUCGUGUGAGUCCUCUGAUUAUAAAAUAAUCGAACAUCGAACAGCGUGCACUGCGGCAAGCGUUACAUGGUGACGGUUUAGAAAGGUAGAGCCACACCAAUAUUAAACCAAUGUGUGUUGAGGCAUGAAACAUAGAGAUGCUGUCUCCUCUUGUAGGAUAUUGGUCGUAGUGAUUAUAGUGCCAAAUUCAGACCGAGGAAAUACGAGUAGCCAAUCCGUAACUAGUAUGCUUCACUCUUUUUUGCAGUUAAGCUUAAACAGUCAGAGAUGAUCAUAUUGUUAGUAGUGUUUCCUGUUUCCUGUUGACUUCGUUUCAUUAAGUUUGUCGCUCUAUCGUUUCGUAAUUUUAAAUACAAAACCGUAAAAUAUUUUACCGAACCUCCCUUCCCGUUCCAAGGACAAACGAUAGGUGUGAAAUACGUUACUCCUGUCAGCCAUCGAUCACCGCGUAAUCUGGCUCUAUCGGUGGUACAUUCGGAUCGGAAUCGGAAUUCUCCUGCCGUGUUGUGAAAGAUUCUAGCUGUAGGCAAUAAAUGUAAGCAAAAGUUGUAUAAAGAUGAACAAAAUAAAAGACACUAAACAUUAUUCAAACGAUUGAGAGUA